GACGCACGCAGGCACUGGAGCGGCUGGGCGGCCUCAUGAAUCUGGCCACCUCCGCGACCACCACCACCCCGCGCCAUGGACUCGUGCCAUUAAACCCCUCCUCCUCCUCCGCGGCCUCCUCCCUCCGUCGCUCCCUCCGGAAGAUCUCGCCGCUGACCCCGAUGGCAUCCGCCCCCGCCCCCGCCUCCGCGGCCCUCUCCACCGCCGCCCCCGCCGACAACGGCGCCGGCGCCGCGAAGCCGGCGGAGAAGCAGCCCGUGCAGGUCGCGAAGCGGUUGGAGAAGUUUAAGACAACAAUUUUCACACAGAUGAGCAUGCUUGCGGUGAAGCAUGGAGCAAUAAACCUUGGCCAGGGCUUUCCCAAUUUUGAUGGCCCUGACUUUGUCAAGGAGGCUGCUAUCAAGGCUAUCAAUGCUGGAAAGAAUCAGUAUGCAAGAGGAUAUGGUGUGCCUGAACUGAAUUCAGCUGUCGCUGAAAGAUUCCUGAAGGACAGUGGGUUGCAAGUCGAUCCUGAUAAGGAAGUUACCGUUACAUCUGGGUGCACAGAAGCAAUAGCUGCAACGAUAUUGGGUUUGAUCAACCCUGGGGAUGAGGUGAUAUUGUUUGCUCCAUUCUAUGAUUCUUAUGAGGCUACGCUGUCCAUGGCUGGCGCCGAUGUCAAGGCCAUUACGCUCCGCCCUCCAGAUUUUGCUGUCCCUCUUGAAGAGCUAAAGGCUGCAGUGUCGAAGAAUACAAGAGCAAUAAUGAUAAACACACCUCACAAUCCCACUGGGAAGAUGUUCACGAGGGAGGAACUUGAGUUCAUUGCUGAUCUCUGCAAGGAAAACGAUGUGCUGCUCUUUGCUGAUGAGGUCUAUGACAAGUUAGCAUUUGAGGCGGAUCACAUAUCAAUGGCUUCUAUCCCCGGCAUGUACGAGAGGACCGUCACGAUGAACUCUCUCGGGAAGACAUUCUCCUUGACCGGAUGGAAGAUCGGCUGGGCAAUCGCACCUCCUCACCUGACAUGGGGCGUGAGGCAGGCGCACUCGUUCCUCACAUUUGCCACCUCCACACCGAUGCAGUCAGCUGCGGCAGCAGCUCUGCGAGCACCGGAGAGCUACUUCGAGGAGCUGAAGAGGGACUACAGCGCGAAGAAAGUGCUGCUGGUCGACGGGCUCAAGGCCGCGGGCUUCAUCGUCUACCCAUCAAGCGGAACCUACUUCGUGAUGGUGGAUCACACCCCGUUCGGGUUCGACAACGACGUCGAGUUCUGCGAGUAUCUGAUCCGCGAGGUCGGUGUCGUUGCCAUCCCGCCGAGCGUGUUCUAUCUGAACCCCGAGGACGGGAAGAACCUGGUGAGGUUCACCUUCUGCAAGGAUGAUGACACGCUCAGAGCCGCGGUCGACAGGAUGAAGGCCAAGCUGAGGAAAAAGUAAAUGAUUCUGUUUCUUUUUCUUUUUACAGCGGCAUCACCUACAUGAUUGGGGCGGUCUCAUGUAGUUGUUGAUUGUUGAAUAAAACCUGCCUGAUAUGAACUGCACUCCAGUGCAUGUACACUUAUCUUGCAGUAGGUAUGUAUCCUGUCUGUGACUUCA